AUGCCUUCUUGCAACACUUCAGAAGGCGGAGAGAAAGUAGUAAAUGAGAUUGAUACAGUGCCAAGCAAAAACAGAGCUGAUUACUUUACUGGGGCAGCGUCAGAUGAACUUGAAAUCACAGCAAAUCACAUGCGUGAGCAAGACGCAGAUCUCUUGGAGAGUAACCACUACGCUGCUUCUCUAGUUUCACAGUAUUCGCCUGGUGGCACUCCACUGCUGAGACCGCAAGACAGGUCUCUGCCCCUGGAAGAUGUACCGCCGUUGAUGUUAGCGCCGCAAUCGAAUUCAACAACACCGUCACGAAAAGAUGGUGAAUCGGCCCUUGAGAUCUCAAAAUCACUUUCGCUGCAAAAUUCCACGAUAUUUCAAUCCCCAUCAGGUGAAGAAGGGAGCCAUGCCAAUGGUAACGUUUCGGUUUCUGGUCAAGACGGAUCUAUUGAACAUCGAUUUCGGAGACUCCUUUCGGGAGAAGUGUGUACAGUGGACUUAAAUAAUGUAGAGCAAGAUAUGUCGCAACCAGCGCGAAAAGAGAUGGCAGCAUCUCCCGUUGCAGUUGCGCAGGAAACCGGAACAGUAAGCGAGAGGGAAAAUAGCCCUGGUUUGGCAGAACAACGUAGAGUCAGCGAGGCAAUGCAAUUUGCGGAAGCUGUUGGCGAACCGAUUUCUACAAAUCAGAAAGAGCUUUGCAUCAUCGAAGAUCAUACAGACGGAGGCGAAUCUGAUGAGUCUGACGAUGAAGAAGUAUGCGAUUUGAAUGAUAUUGUGGUAACAAAACCCAAAGCUUCUUCAAACUAUAGACGUGAGGAUGCACUCAAGCUGCCUCAGCAUGUUGAUGUGUUGAAAACCCCAGAUCGACCUCGACGGAAGUGGAGACCUGCCUGGCCCUUUGGAUCGGCGGAAUCUGAAUUGAGUGUACUCGAAAGCUUGCAUGGGAAGUCAGGGGAACAUACAUUUGCAUACAAGGGCAUUUCUGCCAACCCACCAGAGAUUACAAAACGUGGAAUCCAGCGUGGAAAUUAUGCCCAGCUCCACCGAAAGGCAUGGCUAGAAGUCAGUGACAAAUACCAUCGCUAUGGCAAGAACUUGAGGUCCUACUACAGAUAUUGGGAACGUUUAGACUUCCCAACAAACCAAUUCUUUGACUGGCUGGAUUCAAAGGGUGAAGCAGCAGGCCAACCUCUUCCUAAUUUGGCUGAAUGUCCCAGGUCUGUUCUGGAUUCUGACACUGUGAAGUAUAUAACUAAACCGGAAGUGACAGAGAGCUAUGCCAUUGAUAUUGUUUCUGAAGGUGGAAGAGGGCGCGUAAUCGAUGUCGAUGGCGAUCCUGUCAACACGGGACCUGAUGGCUGGAUCUUUGUAUUGCGGGAUAACGUACUAUAUGCUGCUGAAAAGAUAACAUCCAUAUCUGGCCACUUAAAGCAGCGAUUUCAUCAUUCCUCCUUUUUUGGAGGGAAGGCGGUUGCGUCUGCUGGUAUUCUCAUAACUGACAAGGAGGGUUACUUGACUCGUCUCUACCCUCAUUCAGGACACUACAGGCCAGGAGAAGCUCAUGUGCAGAGAAUGCUGUUCUUUCUCCAACAGAGAGGUACUGAUUUAAAGUCGUUUGAAGUUGACACCCAGCAAUUCAGCCAUGUAGCACGAGAUAAGGAUAUAAGAUCCAAGGAAAAGGAUCCACAGAAGAAACAUAGGAAGGUUGACAAUCUUCACCUCCAGCGUGCUUCGACUGUCGCAUGCUUUCUCUCGCACAAAGCCAAGUUCAUCCGGGAAGGAAUAUUCAAAAAGAUUCAUACGAUUCGAAAGGCAGACGUAACCACGGUGUCUGAAGCAUUGCAAAUUGUUGACAAAGGUGGAUGUGCAAAGAAAGGCUGA